AUGACAGCCGGUGUUUGGGCCGGAGAACCUGAAAGCGACCUGAGAACUCAGAAGAUACAUCUUACCAGCCACCUGCUCCUCCUUCUGUCUGGGCUACUGACCCUUUUCCAUGGUCAGCUGCACCCUGAGCCUGAUGGCCAAGGUCGCACCAACAGCCCCAUCAAGAGGCUCUGGGCCCAGGUAAGGGCUCCCCCAACCCCCACCCGGGUCAAGAUUGCCCUGGGCAAUACUGCCUUUACCUUCUUCAUACACCACCUGAUGGCUUUCCAACCCCCGGGAUCUAUCUUCUCCCCACUGAGCAUCCCUGCCACCACCUAUGCCAUGUUGUCCCCAGGGGCCCACUUGCACACAGCCCAGAUCUUAGAGGGUCUGGGCUUCAUCCUCACAGAGGUGUCUGAGUCGGACACCCACCGGGCCUUCCAGCCCCUCCUGCACCGUCUCAACCUCCCGGGCAACAGGCUGGAGAGGCACACGGGCAGCACCUUGUUUCUGAGCCAGGAGCUGCCACUCCCGAGAUUCCUCAAUGUCACCAUGGCCUUCUCCAGGUCCAGACUCUUCGGCACCGACUUCCUCAACUUUGUGGGCACAACCCGUCUUACCAAUGACCAUUUCAAGGAGGAAACUCAAGGGAAGAUUGUGGAUUCAGUCAGUGAGCUUUGCACAGAUAUUGUGGUCAGCGAUUCCAUCAGAGGAAUGAGUAUUAGGGGAAAGGGGGUUCUUAGGGGAAUUAGACCUCACAUGUUGCGGGAGGGGAUGGGGAAGUGAAAUGUCUGGAUGAAGAGGGAGUUGGAGGGAGACAAAGAAAAGCCACUGGUACAGAUGGAUAAGCUGGAGCUUAUCAGGAAUCUGUAUGCCAGGCACAUCCAGCCACCACCAUGGGUCCACUUACGGAGCUUAUGGAGAGGCUCCCGAAGGGCACGAGGUGGUGGCUUAGGGGCAUUGUUGAUUAGCAGGGCUAGUUUAGGGACAAGGAACCUGGAGGAAAGCAUGGACUAGCUGGCUCACACAGGACUCCUCUGGGUCCAGCCCUCAUCCCAUGCCCUGCAAAGACCUGAAUCAUGCAGUGAUUGCUUUACAUCUACCUCCUGGUCUCAGGCUUGUAGCCACCUUGAACCCUAAAUCUACAGAGAACAGAUUCUGGGAAACAGUCCCAGACUAAUAAUCCAGCUAAACUGGUCACUGCUUGCAUUUUACAUGUGGCAUUUUCAUGCACCCUUGAAAACUUUUAAAAUCUUGUUAAUU